UAUUGAUGCUGGUCACCAACUACAACCUUAAUGUGGCAGACGAAGACGAGAAUUUUUAACACCAGUGUACAGAAACCGAACAGCCGGAUAAGGCAGUGUGUCGCCGGUUGUUGUUAGCACCUUAUUACACGGUAACGUAGUGAUGCGAUAUGAGAAACCCUGCAAGGCUUGGACUGCGCCGUUAACCGGGUUAAACCGACUGUGGACUUGCCAGCCGCAAAGACUUGACUGACUUCAGAUAAAAAUAUAUCUACCCUGCGAUGUUUUUACAUUUCCAAGUGUCCUGAUAACUGCAGACUUCAACCCAAAGCAAUAGCACUUCACUGAGCUACCACUGGGAGUCACAGAUCUAUAUAUAGGCUUCAAACUCCAGCUCGGCAAACAGACAUCAUGUCUUCCAGGGAGCGUCGGACAGAUGUCUACAUAAAGGCAGAACCGAGCAGUCCAGAGGGAGGCGGGGGAGGUCGGAUCAGCCCUGGCGGGGCCUCCUCGGACUCCUCUCAAAGUGGUGGAGGAACCAGAGGAGACGGCGUUAAACGCUACUCCCCGCCACUCUACACACCGGCUCUGCGUUGCCACUUCAAAGACGAGGGUGGGGAUGGGGCAGAGGAGAGCUCCGCUGGAAAUGGAGCAGGGCGAUGCAAGUACGCCCUGAGCACGCUACCGAAGAGGCUGUGUUUAGUAUGCGGGGAUGUGGCCUCAGGUUACCACUACGGCGUGGCGUCAUGUGAGGCCUGCAAAGCAUUCUUCAAGAGGACCAUCCAAGGUAACAUUGAAUACAGCUGUCCAGCAUCAAAUGAGUGUGAGAUCACCAAGAGGCGCAGAAAGGCUUGUCAGGCAUGCCGCUUCACUAAGUGCCUCAAAGUAGGCAUGCUGAAAGAGGGAGUUCGUCUUGACAGGGUCAGAGGUGGAAGGCAGAAGUACAAAAGACGGCCCGAAGUAGAGAAUGCAACAUACCAGAGUGCCCCUCUACCACUGACAAAGGAGAGUGAAAAAGGUUCCUCCAACAUCAUUGUGUCCCACCUUCUAGUGGCAGAGCCAGAAAAGUUAUUUGCCAUGCCUGAUCCUCUGCAGCCCGACACAGCCCAGCGCACGCUCACCACCCUUUGUGACCUGGCCGACCGGGAGCUGGUCGUCAUCAUUGGCUGGGCCAAACACAUUCCUGGCUUCCUGUCGCUGUCCCUGGCAGACCAGAUGUCUGUGCUGCAGUCAGUUUGGCUGGAGGUGCUGGUGCUGGGCGUAGCGUACCGCUCGCUCGGCUGUGAGGACGAGGUGGUGUUUGCCGAGGAUUUUGUCCUUGAUGAGGAGAUGUCACGUGUUGCUGGACUGACAGAGCUGAAUGCAGCAAUUAGUCAACUUGCUCGCCGUUUCAGGUCACUAAACGUGGACCGGGAGGAAUUUGUCAUGCUAAAAGCCAUCGCACUCACUAACUCAGACUCUGUUUACAUUGAGGACAUGGAGGCUGUGCAGAAGCUGCGGGACCUCCUCCACCAGGCCUUGCUGGAGCUGGAAUGUCAACAGCGCCCAGACGACCCCCAGCGGGCAGGACGCCUCCUUUUAACAUUGCCUCUCCUCCGACAGACUGCAGGCCGUGCUCUUACUACCUUCUACAGCAUCAAGACCCGGGGUGGUGUACCCAUGCACAAACUAUUCCUGGAGAUGCUGGAAGCCAUGAUGGACUCUCCCUAGAGCAGAGAGCAGCAGAAGUGAAUAGGAUGCAGAGAAAGAACCAAAAGAGAUCCAGUCUUCAAGAGUGGAUGAGUGGUUUGUGAGAAAUGAAAGAUUUUAUUAGAGACUUAAAAAGGAAGGAAAUGGUCCUUUUUCUCAUGUGAAAAAAAGGAAAAGAAUAUGAGAAAAUGAAAAUCUCAUGUGUUCAUGUCCCUGAGUGGGAAUUGGUUAUUUACUGUCAGAUGUAACUGCCACACUUCAGUGAAAGGCUCCGAGAUCCAAGAGUGAAAACAUUUAACAUGAAUGCCAGACUACUUCUCAGUUUCAACUAUUUUCAAGGUGUGUUCCAUCACAGCAUUGAUCUGCAGUUGCAUAACCACUGGAGAACCGCACUUAGGUACCCAAGAAUAGACUGCAGUCAUGUGGCUUUUAAACUGUUAUAAAUAAUGCAACAUCUACUCAUGAAAGCCAUAAUAACAUAAGCGCAAAAGACUUGAGGGUCCAGUAUAGGGUCAGAUUGACAUGCACAUGGAGUGCUUGUAUUUACUAUAGUUUAGUGUGCCGUUGUAGGCAAAUUCAUAGGAAUUACUUGCAAUAUGUUAAAAGCAAUAUUAUGACUCGAUUAUCGUCUGUCACAUUGAAAAUGUGGAUCAAAUGGUGAGACAUAUAGAUGUGUGGGUGUAUAUCAGUAGUUCUCCACUCAGGACCCCAGGUGCAGAUUUUUUCUUUUUUAAAUAAUUCUAACCUCUAGAAGAGACUGGUUUGUGUUGGGGAUGCCAGGUGUUUAGAUUGAAAAACCUUGUAAGAGAGCAAACCACCAGCAUGUUGGGGGUUAACUCCUGGAGUUGGGAACCACUGAUGUGCACAGUUGUUGCUGCAAGAUUCUUUAUAAAAGGUUGUGCAAUUGAUUUGUAGUCCAGGAGAAGUGCAAAUGAAGAUUGCGUGCUCAUGGAAUGCCCUACUUGGAAGGUACAUGUAUUUGUUGUAUGUAAAUCCUAUCGGCACACAAAAAAAACUGGCUUCCAUACCAAGAAACCGUGAGUGUCUGUGUGCAGUCCAAAAAAUGAGCUACAGUGAGAUCAGGGAAGAACGUGACUCUUUAACAUUAAAUCGUGGCAACAAAAAGUGAUUAGAAAAGAAAUGCAUAUGCCUCAUUUACUUUUUUAUACUAUCUUCCACUAGAUCUCUCCACUAUUCUUGAAUUCAGCAGCUGUGCUGUUUAAAAAAUUAUGGUCUGACCUACUUGAUCUAUGGGCUAUAACACUAAUCCAUAUGAUUGGUGUUAAGAUGGUGAGAUUUUGCUGCAUUUUCUGCAGUCGUGAAGAACAUUGCAUAAAAGAUCUCAUUUGUUUUCAAUGAGAGAUCCCUCCUUUGUGUACGUACAGUUGUUCAACUUUUACUUGUAAGUGCCCUCUAUGGGCUCAGGGCAGCAAGAAAUACUACAUUUGCAACAUCUUCCUUUUUGGGAUGUUAAAACCUUGUCUGACAACAUCCUGAAAGUCCUACUCAUGGCUCAACAGGUUUGUAUACUUACAAUAGAAAUGAUCAUUAUAGUAAGCUUCACAUGCAAUGCAAAUCUACAGUAUCUGAUGUCAAAAUUGGAUAUAUUUAUUGGCCAAAGGGCCAUUAAUCAUUCAGCCAUGUACAGUUCCAUUUAAAUAAAUAGAAACAUGCAAUGUAUAGGGUAAGAUAAUAAAGCCAGCAAAUGUGAUUUAAAUUGCCCAUUACAAUUCUAUUUGUGCAGCAUACAGUGUUCUGAACUUUGUAAAGACUUGAAACUUGUUUUUUCAUACAUUUUUCUUUCUAGGAUUUAAGGGUAUUUUAUUUACAUUGUGACACUGUAGUGGGUUUGGUAUUGCAAUGAAGCUUUCCAUUCAGAAUAUUAUAAAUACUAAUUGUUUUUUAAUGUAAGCAGUUGUGUGUUUUCUGAAGCUAAUUGUCAUUUUCGGGAUCAAUUAACAUGGCUUCAUGGAUUUAUAGACACGUUGAGGCUACAGAGGGCUACCUCAGGAGGCAGAGUUAGCCAGACGGCCAAAUAACUGUGCAGACAAAUGUAAUUCUUGAGCUUUUGAUUUUUAAAUUUGAACAUUGGGUUUAUUGAAUGUCUCUGCGGUUGCAACACAUGAGAUCAUUAAUUUGGUUUUCAUAAAAAUAAGGUGUAUAUGCUUCAAAAACCUAUAAUAUGCCCCAAGGUACGAAGUGUCUCACACUUGGUAUGGUUUCACAGGACAAAUGGUGACGCUUGAAAACACUGGAGUUCAUUUUUGGCAGUUGAAAACGGUUCAACCUGUAACACAGGUGUUAUAAUAGCAACAGCCUGCAUGAUGAAGCAGGGAAGGAUAUCUUGCAAAAUCUGACACUGAUUCACCGGUUUGGUUUUGUGUUCAUAAGUUACAAAUUACAUAUUCCUGUUAUCUGUCAAACAAAAUAAAUAUAGAUGCCUGGGUCGAAAUGAGCUUUUCAAAGUUUCUUCAUAUAACUCGGUCAUUUACACAAUGGUAGAUUUGUCAUUGGCAUACAAAUAUGUUUUAGGUUUGUGGGGUUAGGGUAAAGGCAAGGUCAUUUGCAGCGUCACUGUUAAAAUGAUCAUUUGUUGUUUUAUUAAAUAUGUGCGCAUUAAUAUAAAUGAGCAAUACAAUAAAUUAUCAAACCUCACAUUUCCUUGUAUAGCCACAGUGUAAAUUUAACAUUGCCAGUUAUAAUAAAGAAUAGCUACUAAACGUUAUAUUAUUUAGAGGUUCAAUUCAAUGUUUGUAUUUUGAAAGACUAUUUAAAUGAUUAAAUUCUAUUUUUUACUCAAUUUACUGUUGUUUGUUGACACUGCUUUAUUGUCGUGUGUUAUAUUGGCUGUGAAUGUCUGUGUAGAUUUUUUUUUUUUUCAUUUAGAUAAAACAGCUUGAUGUCCUUGUCUAAACAUGUCCACAUACAAAUCACUGUGAAAAAAGUGACAUCUUCCACUGUCUGAGGCAAUGGGGAGUGGAUUAUUGUAGGUGCUUUGUGUUGUGUAAUAAAUGGACACACCACCACCACCACAUAUCAUUGGUGUCAUCUCUCCCUGUGUAUAUUUGUAAAUAUGCAUGUUUGUGUGUAUUAGAUGGAGGUAGUGUAAUGAAGACUAUUGUUGAAACUUGUUAACUUCAUGAUUAAAUGAUGUUUGACCAUGCA